CACCUUUUACCCAGAGCACGGAGACAGGCUUGUAUUCCUGGCAAACAGCAUAACAGCAUGUAAAUAAAUUGUGCACAUUGAAGAAAACUGACUGUAUAUAGUUUGCACUUGUUUGGAGUUUCAAAAUUAACUGUUUUAUAGAAUAUUUAACAAUAUUCAAUAACGUAAAAAAACAAACAAAAAAAAACAGUGAUGUUAAACGCAAUUUUUGAGUAACGAUCAGCUUGAUCUAUAACGGGUAUGCAUGUUGUGUCCCCACCAGGCAAAGUAACCGAAGCAGUGAAGGCAGCCAUUGACGUCGGAUACCGUCACAUCGACUGUGCCUACGUCUAUCAAAAUGAGAACGAAGUAGGAGAGGGCAUCCAGCAGAAGAUCAAAGAAGGGCUUGUGAAGAGGGAGGACCUUUUCAUUGUCAGCAAGCUGUGGUGUACAUUCCAUGAGAAGUCCAUGGUGAAGCAAGCAUGCCAGCAGACCCUGUCUGACCUGAAACUUGACUACCUGGAUCUUUACCUCAUCCAUUGGCCUAUGGGAUUCAAGGCGGGCAGCGACCUCUUUCCUCUUGAUGACAGAGGGUUAGCGGUGCCAGACAAUACCUGCUUUCUGGACACCUGGAAGGGAAUGGAAGAGUUGGUGGACGCAGGAAUGGUGAAAGCCAUCGGGGUUUCCAACUUCAACCAUGAACAGAUAGAGGCCCUGCUAAAGAAACCAGGUCUCAAGUACCAACCAGCCAACAACCAGGUUGAGUGCCACCCGUACCUGACUCAGGAGAAGCUGUUGGAUUACUGCAGGUCGAAGGGGAUCUCUGUCACAGCAUACAGUCCCCUGGGUUCCCCAGACAGACCAUGGGCAAAACCAGAAGACCCGUCUCUACUGGAGGAUCCUAAAAUCAAGGCAAUUGCCGAAAAGCACAAAAAAACUGCAGCUCAGGUUCUGCUCCGCUUUCAAAUUCAGAGGGGUAUCAUUGCUAUCCCAAAGUCGAUUACUCCCCAGCGCAUUGAAGAGAAUUUCAAGGUUUUUGAUUUUGACCUUGAUGGAGAAGACAUAAAAAACAUCCUGAGCUUUCACAUGAACUGGAGGGGUUGCCCAAUGCACUGGGGUGUGGAGCACAAGGAUUACCCAUUUAAUAUUGAGUACUGAGCAGGAGACUGGGUGGAAGAGCAAACCUCCUAUCUUCUGGUGCUGGGUUUGGUGUUUACUGCUUGAAGCUCUCCUUACAUUUAGCAAUUGCAGCUGUAGUUGAUAAAUAUCAACACAAAGCUAUAAAGUGUCCAUUUUGUUAGAUGAACAGUUUCUGUUGUGUAGGACACAGGUAUAUUCAUUUCUAGAGAUAUUACAGGACUUUAAGACCUUCAUGUUACUCUCCUGAUAACACUUCCUUAUAACGCUUCUUAAUAUCAUUGGAUUUUUUGCUUGUGCACUUAGAUGUCCACAUGUUUUUAUGAUUUCAUUUUACUUUUACACUCCUUUUAGAAUUAAGAGACACAUAUGAGGUUCAAGACUUGAUUGAGAAUGUUAAACUACACUCAUUGUUGCCAUUAUUGUCAAUCCGGAAGACAAAAUGAAGUCUGAAACCUAAAUCCAAGCACAGCCCUGCACACCAUGAAGUUUACCUGAAUUGCUUUUUUUUAAAAAAACAUUGUCUAUUUUUUGUGCAAACAGGUAUCAUUGCAAAGAGCUAGGGGGAUAUCUGAAGAACUGCUUCACUCUCUCUUUCAUAUGGUGUUUUGUGACUUCUGUCAUACAGUAGUAUAAUAAGAGUGCCACUAAGAAAAAAACUUGAUUUUUAUUUUGUUAUUUGGCUGUAUCGGAAUAACCGCUACAUAUUUUUUUUCCUGAAAUGGUUUGUAAACAUGAAAUAAAUAGUUUGUAAGCAAGAA